AUGUAUCGUUGCAAUAUUUGUAUUAAUUUUGUGUCAUUGAAAUUGUCUCAGCUACUGAGCCAUGUGGGCAGAUGUCAUUCAUGUGAACCCAAUUUCCUUGUUCUUUGUGGAAUUAAUGGCUGUCCUAGGACCUAUACAAAUUGUGUAUCUUUCAGAAAUCACAUCACUCGAAAGCAUGCUGACGUCUUGUUGGCGGAAUCUCAGACAGACUGUAGGAUUGUGGAAAAUGUAGACGGUAAUUCGGGUGAAACCGACAGUGAUAGUUGUGCAAGUGAAGAGUUAGACCACGACUCGCAACAAUUUGAUUUGCAAAAGACGUCUGAAGAACUGCAAAGAGCUGCAGCCCUUUAUCUGUUGAAGUUGAAAGACAGAGAUAGAGUACCCCAGACAGUUAUUAAUUAUAUUGUGGAAAAUACCACUGACAUAGUGAGAACAAAUAUGGAAGUAUUGAAGUCGAGGCUUACUGCCAAGCUUGACACAGCUGGAAUUGAUUUUAAUGCAGUUCCUGGUAUUGCAGAACUUUUCCACGAGGAUACUAUCACUAUGAAUCCAUUUUCUGGCUUGGCUAACGAAAAUCAGCAGCACCAGUACUAUAAGGACAAUCUGAGUCUUGUAGUAAGUACAAGUGAUUCAUCAAAUUUUGAGGUUAUAUAUGCAUGUGUGGCCACCCCCUGCAGUGAUAUUCUACAAUUAAAUCAGCUUACUAUAUGCAAGGUUGUUAAUUACAUUGAACUGUAAAAUGAAAAUUCAGAAUGUUUCCCUGGAAUAAUUUGAACUGGGGAAAAACAUUGCGAAUUCAUUUUGCAGUGCAACGUAAACAACCUUGCAUUCUCAUAAUCUCAUUGGUAGAUGAAGUUUCACCUUAGAAACAAUGAAGUAUAUGCCCCUAGUAUUAAAUAUUAACUUUCAUCCAAUAAACAUCAAGUUUGAAACAAUGAACAAAAUACUGUUUAAUUGUUGCACAGUCUUGAUAUAAAAAAGUUAAGUGAAACUUGAGAAACAGUCUCCUACAACAAGGCAAAGCAAAUCAUUAUAAUAGCAAUUACGCAGUAACACAACGAAUGAGCACAUUCAGAAUUCCCAACUUGGAAAUUCCCCGGGUAUUUUCCCUGACCAAGGGCUUGCGCAUGUUCUCUGUGAAAGUUUUGAUAUCUCCCAGGGUCAGGGAGUUAUUUUAGAAUUAAUCCCCCUGCAAAGUCCCCACAUUUACAAUUUUUAUAUCCUGGGGGCCCCCUCCAGGGAUGGCCGAUGACAUGUGCAUUAGAGGUAACAUUACCAACGAAUCCAGCUAUGAACAAACAAGACAUUUCUGCCUUUAUUAACCGUCCACCAGCGCCAAGCAAUACCAGCAUGAAUACAAAAUUACAACAUUUAUACUAUUAUACACAAAUGUAUAUUAUUAAACUUUUUAGGAGCCAAGAAGAAUUGUACUUGGACAUUACCACACUAAAGUGCGAAGAGGGAACAAGUUAAAAUAUAUCCAGAAAACUGAUGAUGCAUACUACAUUCCAGUUUUAGAGAGUCUACAACAGUUGUUAAAUGAUGAUGCCAUCUUGGAACAGGUGUGUUUGAAAAGAAGUAUCAUGCAACUUGAUUGGUACUUGAUAUAAGCACUACUUUACAUGCAAUUACUGUAGUGUAUCGUUUGUUCAAAUCCCGCUCGAGCCAACAAAUUUUUAGUUGCUCGAUUGCAGUGUCAGAAUAAUAUGAAACUGGUUUUUCGUAUCUCAGUGAUCUGAUGUUAUGACUAUGCCCUAAGGCUAUGGAGUAGCAGGCAUUGAUGUUUGUACUGUGACAACUACACAUAAAAACUGCUCUUAGUGAAUACAUCCAUUUCACAUGACCAUUAUGUUUGCAUACAUUAAAGGCACAGUGUCACUUGCUGUGCGAUGUGAUUUAGUCGGCGGGCAUGAAACUUGAAAAAGUUAAUUCACAAACUUUUUCAAGUUUUUCUCGAUUUGUGCAAAAGGAGUUACAACAAUCAAUGGCUCAUAUAAUAAAAAUCGGCCAAAUUUGCACUAAAUCUUCAAUUUAGAUAAAUCCUUUAAAAUAAUUUGAAUUUUUGUCUCCAAACGUGAUAGUGUCAAAUUACAUUAUUAUUUGUUGGGACACCAUAAAAUUGCAUCAAGAUGUUUUCUCAAGCCUUGAUUACUGGUUUGUUUAAUAUGUUUUUGUAGAUUGACAAUCCACAUACUAGUAAUGAUGGUCUCAUGCGUGAUUACUGUGAUUCAGAUGGCUUUAAAGAACAUCCACUUUUCUCACAAGACCCCUAUGCCUUACAGUUAAUUAUUUAUUUUGAUGAAUUUGAAGUGUGCAAUCCACUUGGAUCAAGGGCAACUAAGCACAAGAUUGGUAUGUGUAGAGUUAGCAUUAUGCAGUAUUCUAUGCAGUGGUGGAUCCAGCAAAGUUUUUUUUUUGGGGGGGUGCUAACCAAUUGCGAAAUGAGUGCCAAAGGCGCAAGAUUGCUAUGGGGGUCCGGGGGCAUACUCCCCCGGAAAAAUUUUAAAAUUUGGGUCUCUGGAAUGGCAUUUCAAGCAUUCUGAGAAAACAUUCUGGAAAAUUUUUAGAUUGUCAAAACAUUUAAAAAUUCAGAAUAUUUAAUAUUGGCUAUUCCGCUAUUGUCAACUAGUGAUACUCAACUGAAUUCCUUAACAUAAGUUGGUUAGAUUUAGGAUAAAUGUCAUUUUUGCACCCCCAUGCACCCCUGUUGACGAGAGCCUUGGGGGGGGGUGCACACCCCCCUGAACCCCUCCCCUAAAUCCACCACUGAUUCUAUGAUGUGUACAAUCCUUUAAAGGCUAGGCGGACCCUUCAUCAGGACCAAAUUUAACCUACUUAGUUACAAGACUUUCCGUUGACAAGUAAUACUAUAUGAAGUUAGACAGAGUAAAAGAACAAGGAGUCAUUCCAGAAAACAUCUGUACCACCUCCACAGAGGAAAUAGGAAGUUAACCCCCUACCCCCUUCGGAUGUCCUAAUACAUUUACUAUUAUCAGAAACAAUUUUUUCUCCCCUCCCCCUCCGGACGGCAGAAAUUUCUUCUGUGGGGGGAGUAUGGAUCUUUUCUGGAAUGACCCAAGGUACUAUAGGCCAUAUUUGGCUGCAAUGCAACUCAAUGGGUUAAUUCUGCUUAAAGAGAGGUGUUAGCAAUACAGUAGCAAGAGAAAACACUGCAUAAAUUAAUCAAUAAUACAAUUGAUUACCAUUAUCAACAAUGUUUAAUACAGGUGCCUUCUAUUAUACUUUGGGAAACAUCAGACCAGAAAAUAGAUCCCAUAAGAAUGCUGUUCAGUUACUUGGUCUGAUCUCGUGCAAGCACCUCAAAAAGUAUGGAGCAGGAGCUUUACUUGAUCUAUUCAUGGAAGAUUUAGCUAAGCUCGAACAAGUGAGUAAAACUGCUUUUUGCAUUACUGUAUUACUAACAUGUGUGCGAAGUGUACACACACAUAAACAAUUAUUCUGUUAUACAUACUGUAUAUUAUUUUUUGGUAUUUCCUUUGAAUUUAGAAUCAUGGCAUUAUAACUGUAUACAUUUAGUACUGGUACUAUAUGUAUGUAGUGUAAAUGUGUAUAGGUGUCCUAAUUACAUUUCUAUGUAGCUUACGAUGAAUAAAUGCAUGUUGUUAAUAAUUAUUAUUAUACAUUUAAUAUGUAUUCUCGUUUCUAAUUGGUCAGAAAGCAACGGCUAAUUUUCAGUAUUUGGCAUUUAUUACGUAUUUUCCGCCGAUGACGUCAUCAGCGUCCAAUAAUUGUUUUUUUGGAUCGAACUUGCAUCCACAAAAAAAAAUUAUUGGACUCUCUCGUGCCCAAACCCUUGCGCGGCCAAAAGCUUGAACCUAUAAGCGCGCGAAAAAAAACCAAACAAACAAUGGCCUACAGCAGAUUUGCUUUGCUGAAUGAAAGUGAACUCUCCAAAUUAUUGGCAGAUAAGGAUAGUGAAAGCACGAAAAAAGCCACAAAGGGGUAAAUAGAAGUAGAAAUAGAAUAUUUAGCUGACCUUUGACUUUGUGCAAGGUGUUUGAUACUCAAAUUGUACUUUUCCUACCUCAUGAACAGGAAUCGUUUUAUACCUUUCUCAUGUCUUUAAAUGUAUAAUAAAACAAUUAUUGGAUUCGGCUUUCGCAUGAUAUCAAGAAUUAUUCAGACCUCGGUCUAUGUUAUCCGCCUCAGCUUCGCUUCGGCAGAUAACAUUGACCUCGGUCUGAAUAAUUCUUGAUAUCAUACCCAGCCUCAUCCAAUAAUUGCUUAAUAAUAGUUGAUAUUAAAAAUUAAUGUCUAUUAUUGGCUGAGCAUACAGUAGAUCAAGGAAAUACAGUAGGCUCAGCUGACUUAUCAGGUCUGUUUGUUGAGGAAGUUUUGAUGUCCAUAUAUAAUGCUUACAUUACAAUGUUUUCCUUUUAAUUGGACAGGAUACAGGUUUCCAGUUCUUGAUACAAGGAGAUCCUAGGAUGUUCCGAGGCACAAUUGCAUUCUUCUGUGGUGACAACCUUGGGUCACAGUUCAUUGGUGGCUUUAAAGAAGGAUCACAAGCACAUAGAGUCUGCAGGGAGUGUAUGGGCACUCAGAUUCAGAUUUUGAUUUGUGUAAGUGUAAAGAAAGCAGGCCUUAAAAUAUCUUUUACAGGGCCGUCUGACAAAAUGUCCGAUGACGUUGAGUUUGGAUCGGACAUAUGUCCGAUGACCUUCAGUUCAGUUUUGACUUGGAAAUAAGUGUGAAUGACACAAACGAAUACCAGCACAAUGUAUUAAUUCUGAACGGUAAAUGUUGUGAAGAUAUUAAAUAAUUUGUCUUAUUCAUACUUAUUUCCAAGCCAAAAUUAACUUGCUUGCAAGAACAGCAGUAAGACAACUUAAGCCCGUUUUCCAGUUCACCAUUUCAUUCGCACGUCGCCGCCCCGUGCUCGAUUAGCUACGUUAAAAACAUUUCCAGUUCAAUUUUUAUACAAUACUCAAUAGUCCUCUGAUUUUCCAUUUAACAUACGAGCCUUACUCCUGAUUGAUUUAUGUUGGACAAAGCUACAGUUCGGUCGGACACCAAUACACUCGGGUCGGACAAACAAUAAACCUCAGUUUCACUUACGUCGGACAGAAUGUCCGGUAGCUUUCUGUCUUCGUCGGACAAUUUCACGAAUGGGUCGGACAAUGUCCGUGACCGACCGAUAUUUUAAGGCCUGAGAAAGUUGCUAGCAUUGUAUUAUUAUGGACCGCAUUGGACAUAUACACAUACAGUAGGCUGAGGUGGUUUUUCGGUAUACUGGAAAAUACUGGGUUUUUUUAAAAGAACCGCCCCUGCCUACACACUUGUCAGUGGCGAAGCCAGCCUGACAAUUUGGUCAUGCUAUGCAAAUUUCAAAUUAUUCAUUUCUUUAGAAAUUGAUUGUUUUCACGGUCUAUGAACAUGGAAAUAUUUGCAUAGCUAGACCAAAUGGUCGGGUUGGCUUCACCACUGACACUGAUAUAUUUAUCUCUUUAGUUCCACGAGCAAGAUUUUGUUCUGAGAACUCCAACAGGCCAUGAUAGUCAGUGUAAUCGUGUCAAUGACGAUCCUUAUUAUUCGAAACCUUAUGGAAUAAACAGCAACUCGGUCCUUAACAAGUCCAGGUUUUUCCAUGUUAUUGGUGGCAUGCCUCCUGAUGCAAUGCAUGAUGUUUUGGAAGGAGUUCUUCACUACAGUGUUAAAGAAACUUUGAAAGCAUUGAUGUUUGAAAAAGGCUUAUUUUCUAUUGAUGAAAUUAACAAGCGCAUUUCGUCCUUUGAUUAUGGAUAUCAUAACAAUUUAAACAAGCCAGCACCACUCCAGCGGAGUCGUUUAACUUCAACUGACCACAGUAUCAAACAACAUGGUAUAGUAAAUACUACAUGAUUUAUUUUGCUUGUCGAAAUGCUCCUCCAUGUUGAUUAACAUUUUUUGAUAAUUUAGCUAACCAAAUGUGGUGCCUGGCAGUAAAUCUGCCAUUGAUGAUUGGUGGCCUAGUUCCAGACGACGAUGAGAACUGGGCAUUAUUCUGUGACUUGCUUGAAAUUAUUCGCAUUAUAUUUGCACCAACAGUAAGCCACAAUCUAGUUGCCUAUCUGCAAGUUUUAAUUCAGAGUGAUCAUGAGAAGUUCAAAGCAUUAUAUCCAGGAUGUCCAAUUAUCCCCAAAAUGCAUUACAUGAUACAUAUGCCAAGAGCAAUUUUGAGGUACAUAAUAUUUUUUCAUAGCAAUAAAAUGAUAUUAUGUUAGAUGUCUACAUUACACUCUAGUUAUAUUAACAGAGUUUGUUUCCUUAAGAUUUGGACCUCUUAUACGAAGCUGGUGUAUGCGUUUUGAGGCAAAGCACCAUGAAUUCAAACGACUGGCAAUCUUCAUGGGAAACUACAUCAACUUGCCAUACUCCCUUACUAAACGUCACCAAGAAGGCAUUUGCUACAGACUCCAAACAUCCAAUGGCAGUCUGUCAUCGUUUAUAACAAAAGGAAUUGAAACUGGCCCUCAUGGUGAGUAA